GAGCCCUCGCCCACAUACGAGGUGACAGAAAAAGGGAAAGCACAAACAGCCAAAAUCGAUGGUACUUCACUGGAUCUGGAAGUCGAUUCAGAUGACUUUGAUGACCUAGAAGAUGUUGAUAUGGACCUUCUUGACGAAGCAAACCAGAAUGGCGACAGAGGCAACGAAACACUUACUUUCUCCAUCAAUAAUGGAGACAAAGAAAGAAGUGAAGCUAGGAAGAAGCGUACGUUUGUUCCCAUACUGAAGCAAGAGCGGAUAAUGCGCAAGCUCAUUCAUAAAUUAGUCCUCUUCUCCAUGAUUUGUCAUGGGGCCAUACGAAACAGGUGGUGUGGCGAUAGGCGGCUUUUGGACAUGCUCAAAAAGACUGUUUCGGCCGAAAUCGCGAGCUUGUUUCACCAGGAUAACGCAGAUGUAUUGAGUGUUGUGAAGGCAAAGAGGUUUGUCGAUGGCUUGCGGAAGCUACUGACGGUCUUUUCUAGAAAGUUCAAGGUCACAUCUCCCGGGAUUCAGCGGAGAGAUUGGAGCUCGACUGGAAAUACCACCGAAGAAAAAGAUAGAAUCAUGUCUUUUGAAAGAUUCAUGAAAUGUGUCAAAACAUUCCAUGGGUCUCGUGAUGUUGGCGCCCAGGCUUUUGUUGCGGUCCUUCGGUCCAUGGGUGUGAAUGCACGCUUGGUAUUCUCGGUUCAAGUUCCGGAUUACAGAUCCAUUCGACCAGUGAAAGAUGGAUCCAAUCAGAAAGGAGAAAAAGAGAACCCGAUAAGAGAAACAAACAAGCCUAAAUCUGAGUUCGAUCCCGUGGAAAACCCAAAUUAUCCUGUCUUUUGGAUAGAAGUGUGGAACAAAUACUCAAGGAAAUGGAUCACGGUGGACCCAAUUGUUUUCAAAGUUGUUGAAGUCAUGCCUAUGCGACGGAAGUGCAAAUUUGAUGCACCAGCAGCAGAGGAGUCCCACCAGACGUGGUAUGUGAUUGCUUACGACGAGCGCAAUGUCAUCAAGGAUGUAACACGACGGUACACUCAGUUUUACAAUGCGAAAACAGUCAAGAAGCGUAUUGGAUUUGCGUCUGACGAAGAUGCACAUUGGUACAGCCGGGUUCUUCGAUCCAUAGGCAAACAGAAAGGGUCUAUAUCGCAAGCGGAGGCGAUGGAAUUGAAGGAGUUUCAUGAUCGACACGUGUGUGAGGGAACGCCAAAUAAUAUGGCCGACUUUAAAAACCACCCUGUGUACGCUUUAGAGCCCCAGCUAAGACAGGACGAGAUAAUCUAUCCCAAUGACGAGACCAGCAAAUGCGGCACUUUCCGCUCGUCAAACAAAAGCAGUAUUAUGCCCGUCUACAAGAGAUCCUGUGUGCACAAGCUCAAAACGCCUAAGGCUUGGCAUAUGAGUGGUAGGGUGUUGAAAGUUGGGGCGCAGCCCCUAAAAACGAAAAAGGCCCAUAUUCUACUUUACGCUGAAUUUCAGACAGAGCUUUAUAUACCACCUCCAAUCAUCGAUGGGAAAAUCACCAAGAAUGCAUACGGAAACGUGGAAAUCUUCAGGCCUACAAUGGUACCCGAAAACGGAGUUCUCUUGAAAAUCACACGUGACGUGUCCAUGAAGAUGCUCGAAAAUGCAGCUCGCUGGGUCUUAAACAUAGACUACGCCAAAGCGAUUGUGUCUUUCGAGUUCGGAAAAGCCCUGAAAAAUAAAAGGGCGCCCACAGCGAAGGAGGGAGGGAUACUCAUCGACGCGCAGUACAAGGAGGCGAUGUUGGCGGUGUUAGAUGGACUUAGGGAACAGGAGGAACAGGAGAAGAGAGAAGCAGUUGAGCUCAACGCAUUGAGAAGUUGGAACUUCUUCAUGAAAAAGCUUCAAAUCGUCAGCAGAUUGGAUAGAAGCCACGGAAAAGUAACACAUAGUGGAGAAGAUGCAGACAUUCCACUAGAAAAAGAAGAGAUACACAAGGAGGAUGAAGAAGAAGAAGACGAGGAAGGGUACUUCAAGAAGUCCGAGGCAUCCGAAGAAGGUGGAUUUCUACUAGAGGACACUAAGAAUGAAGAUCUUGCGAUUAACGUUUCGACUGAGGGUAUGAUGGAC